AUGUGCGGAAUCUUCGCCUGCCACGGACACCCCGACGUCCAAAAGUUCAAGCCGACGGCGCUCAAGCUUGCUAAGCAAGUGCGACACCGCGGUCCUGAUUGGAGCGGCAACGUCACCUGUAACCAGACAAUUCUCUGCCAUGAGCGUCUCAGCAUUGUCGGCGUUGAGUCCGGCGCCCAGCCCUUAACCAACGCCGACGACUCCAUCAUCCUGGCCGUCAACGGUGAGAUCUACAACCACCGCAUGAUCCGCAAGCACCUUAAGAGCACAUACCAUUUCAAGACGCACUCGGACUGCGAGGUCAUCAUCCCUCUGUACCAGGAGCACGACCUCAACGCUCCCCAGCACCUCGAUGGCAUGUUCUCCUUUGUCCUGUACGACAAGAAGCAAGACCGCACAAUCGCCGCUCGCGAUCCCAUCGGAAUCACCACAUUCUACCAGGGCUGGUCGUGGAAGGAACCCGGCGCCGUGUACUUUGCCUCUGAGCUCAAGUGUCUAUACCCCGUUUGUGACAAGAUCAUCGCUUUCCCCCCUGGUCAUGUUUACGACUCGAAGACUGGCGAGACGACCCGCUACUUCCAGCCCUCAUGGUGGGAUCCCAAGAACGUCCCCACACAACCGGCCGAUCUCAAGGUUCUCCGCCAUGCCUUGGAGAAGUCUGUGAGGAAACGCCUCAUGGCCGAGGUGCCGUAUGGCGUUCUGCUCUCCGGCGGUCUUGAUUCCAGCUUGGUCGCCGCCAUCGCUCAGCGCGAGACUCUUCGCUUGCAGAAGGCUGCUCAAGACGCUGGCACUUACAACGAGAACAAGGAUGCUGACCGUGGCGAGGGUCUUGUCGGUAUUGAUGACGAUGGCGACCUGUCGACGCAGACCUACAUGCCUCAGCUCAACUCCUUCUCCAUCGGUCUGCCUGGGUCCCCUGACAACGAGGCAGCUCUCAAGGUCGCCAAGUUCCUCGGAACUCGCCACCACGUCAUGACUUUUACCAUUGAGGAUGGUCUCAACGCCCUCUCCGAUGUCAUCUUCCACCUGGAGUCAUACGACGUGACCACGAUCCGCGCCUCCACCCCCAUGUACCUGCUUUCACGCAAGAUCAAGGCCAUGGGCAUCAAGAUGGUCCUUAGUGGUGAGGGCAGCGACGAGGCAUUCGGCGGGUACCUCUACUUCCACAACGCCCCCGACAAGGAGGCGUUCCACGAGGAGACGGUCCGCCGCGUCAAGAACCUGCACUACGCUGACUGCCUCCGUGCCAACAAGUCGACUUCUGCUUGGGGUCUUGAGGCCCGCGUUCCCUUCUUGGACAAGGAGUUCCUCGAGACGGCCAUGGGCUUCGACCCCAAGGACAAGAUGAUCACCAAAGAUCGCAUCGAAAAAUACAUUAUCCGCAAGGCUUUCGACACGAGCGACGAGCCCGGAACCGAGCCAUACCUCCCCGAGGAGAUUCUCUGGCGCCAAAAGGAGCAGUUCUCUGAUGGUGUCGGCUACGGCUGGAUCGACGGUCUGAAGGACAACGCUGAGCUGCACGUCACCGACGAGAUGAUGAAGAACCCCAAGGCUGAGUGGGGCACUGACAUUCCCGAGACCAAGGAGGCAUACUGGUAUCGCCUGAUGUUCGACGAGCACUUCCCGCCUCGCUGCGCGUCGACCGUCCAGCGCUGGACGCCCACCUGGUCGAAGCAGACCGAUCCCAGCGGACGUGCCAUUGCCGUCCACGACAAGAAGUACGACAACGCUUGCUGA